AUGGCCUCUGCCGCACAGCUCGACGGUGUGGCCCAGUUGCAGGUCGCCAAGGCAGCUGCGACGGCAAAAAUCGAAGAAGCAAGGACAAGACGCAUCAAAAAAUUAAAACAAGCAAAGAGUGAAGCGGCAGUCGAGGCGAAUUUGUACAAGGCCGAAUGCGAAGCAGCUAUAAAAGAACUCGAGCAGAGGCAUUCUAAACAUAACAUCGAGACCGGAGGCAGAGUCGAAGCAUUUACCGAACAGGCCAUUCAGAGGCUCCAACAACGUUACGAAGAAAACAAGGAGACCGCACUAGGCGAGAUCAUCGCUCAGGUUCUCACCGUCAACCCCGUGGUUCAUCGAAACGCCAAGAAUGUGCAGUGA